GUCAUAAACAAACAUCUGGUUAACUGGUGUGUUAUUGAUUUUAUAUUUGUUACACUAUCAAAAGUGCAAAGUGCAAAGUGCUCGUACCCCCUUUUCGUAUUAGGCUUUCUAGUUGGUUAGCAAUUUUUUUUCACUACCAUUGUUCCUUUGUUCACUACUAAACCUAACAAACCUUUGUUAGUAGUAGUAUAAAUCAUCAACAUUCUAAAUUAAAGUACCCUCAGAACUACUAUAUAGUAUCUGUAAGGAUUUAAUUGGUUUGUUUUCACUUACUACCAUUGAAUAACUUCAAUCUAUUAUGAUUUAUUUCGAAGCCAACAUAACAACAACAAUUCCUCGUUCUCCUAAUAUGUAUUCAAAUAGCAGCUCCGGUAAUCAACAAUACUUGGGUGAUUACUCCUAUCAACAACAGCAGCAACAGCAGCAGCAGCAACAACAGCAUCAACAACAUCAACAACAAGCUGCUGGAUCAGCUGGAACUUCAGCUCCAUCUGUCCCAAAUCAAGUACCUAAUCAAUCUACAGGCCAACAACAACUGCCUCAAGCAAACCCAUCAGGAAGUCAUACUGUAUUACCACCUCCAGGGGCAACAGCUGCCACUUCUUAUCAUUAUCAAACAACAACUGCUAGUGGUUCAAGUUCAAUAAGUGGAACUAUUCCUAAUAGUAAUCCAAAUAUUACUAGUAAAUUUACAUCUCAAGAUGUUCAAAUAUUAAAACAGUUAUUAGUAGCUGGUGAAAAACACAAAUGGAAACAAAUUACUAAAGAAAUUAAUCAAUCAUCAACUCAAAACCUUGCAAUUAAUCAACAACAUCAACAUAAUCAAGAUCUUGAUCCUCAAUUUACUCCAACUCCCAAACCUCAACCUAAAAAUGUAUCACCAACUUUUGUCAUUAAACAAUAUCAAACUUUAUUAGGUUUACCUAAUAAUGUACUUUAUUUUGGAAGUCUCGGAAGUUCUUUACCAUAUGUAGUAGCUCCAAAUGGCUGGGAUGAAAUUGCUGAUCAAGGUUAUCAUAACUUUGGAAGUGAUGAUAUUGAAUAAAUCUUUCAGAUGAAAAAGAUGUAAUCUAAAAACCAAAAAGCUCGAUACAAAAUAUCAAAAUAGAACUAAUUCAUAAGUUCUACCAAGAAAAGGGACCAAAAUGUUAAUAGAUGUCUAUUUCCAUAUAUUACUACUGUUUGAUUUAUACAAAGGGAUGAAGGGUUUAGGAAAGUUAAGUCUGUAUAUAUAUUUGCUUAAUUUAGUUGAGAUUUCAAAGUUGUUUUCAUAUAGUAUCAUCCGAUAUUACU